CUUUCUUAUUUGUGCAAUAUCUUCAAAGUUUGAACAGUUUUUUUAGCAUUUCAUAUAUAGACACCAUGCCAACUGAUGAAGUUAGCUGGUCCUGCAAUAGUUACUUCUUUGAGAGGGAAACCAUAAAAUAUUUCUUAAGUCAAGGAAGACCGCAGAAUUUUGUCCCACAAAAAUCCAGAUUGUGAAUGAUAUUGCAUUUACUUUCAAUGUUCAUGGUGCUGAUAUCUACAACUCAAAGGAAGGCUAUCUGCAACCUCUCCUCCUUCUUGUCUUCUCUCUUACAGACAUUUGUGUGUAAACUUAGAAAGAUUAAGCCAUGGCAGCAGGGUUAGCCAUAGCAGGUGAAGGGGGGCAGUAUAAUGGGAAGAUGACUUGGUUCGUUGCUUUGUCUUGUAUGAUGGCUUCCAUGGGAGGAGUCAUUUUCGGCUAUGACAUUGGAAUUUCAGGUGGAGUGACUUCAAUGAAACCAUUUCUGGAGAAAUUCUUCCCUGAAGUGUAUAGAAAGAUGACAGAAGACACAGACAUUAGCAAUUACUGCAAAUUUGAUAGUCAAUUAUUGACCUCCUUCACAUCCUCACUGUAUGUUGCUGGCCUUGUUGCUUCCUUCUUUGCAUCAUCGGUCACCAAAGCGUUUGGGCGCAAGCCAUCGAUUCUCUUAGGUGGUGCUGCCUUCCUUGCAGGUGCCGCCCUUGGUGGUGCAGCAAUUAAUGUGUACAUGCUAAUAUUCGGCCGUGUCUUGCUUGGAGUUGGUGUUGGUUUUGCUAACCAGUCAGUCCCCCUCUAUCUGUCUGAAAUGGCUCCACCAAGACACAGAGGAGCAAUCAACAAUGGUUUCCAAUUCAGUGUUGGCCUCGGCGUACUCUCUGCUAACCUUAUAAAUUAUGGAACUGAAAGGAUCAGAGGGGGCUGGGGCUGGCGAAUCUCCCUAUCCAUGGCAGCAGUACCGGCUGCAAUUCUUUCUCUAGGUGCACUUUUCCUCCCAGAAACAGCAAACAGCCUCAUUCAGCGCACUGAUGACACAGAAAGGGCUAAGCUGAUGCUACAACGGGUCAGAGGCACUGAAGAUGUGGAAGCAGAGCUUAACGAUCUCAUCCAAGCUAACUCAACCUCAAAAACCAAUGAGCACCCACUUAAGAAUAUCAUCAGAAGAAAGUAUAGGCCUCAGCUAGUAAUGGCAAUAGCCAUACCAUUUUUUCAGCAAGUAACAGGAAUCAAUGUCAUUGCAUUUUAUGCUCCUGUACUUUUCAGGACAAUCGGACAAGGCGAAAGCGCAUCCCUAAUGUCUGCAGUUGUGAUAGGGGUUGUAGGCACUGGCUCAACAUUUAUAUCGAUGCUCGUAGUAGACAAACUUGGGAGAAGAGCAUUGUUUAUAUUUGGUGGAGCACAAAUGUUUGUGUCACAAAUAAUGGUUGGAGGUGUUAUUGCAGCCCAGCUUGGCGAUCAUGGCAGCAUAAGCAAAGGGUAUGCUUACUUUGUGUUGAUUAUGAUUUGCAUUUAUGUUUCUGGGUUUUCUUGGUCAUGGGGUCCAUUGGGGUGUUUAGUCCCGAGUGAGAUAUUCCCAUUGGAAAUUCGUUCAGCAGGGCAAAGUAUUGUGGUUGCAGUGAGCUUUCUCUUCACUUUCAUUGUCGCGCAAUCCUUUCUGACCAUGCUUUGCCACUUCAAAUCUGGGAUUUUCUUCUUCUUUGGGGGAUGGGUUGUUGUGAUGACUGCCUUCGUGUACAACUUGCUGCCAGAAACCAAGAAUACGCCUCUUGAGAAGAUGGAUAAAGUGUGGAGGGAGCACUGGUUUUGGAAGAGAUUUGUGGGAGAAAUGGAUGAGAAUAGUAGGACGGAAGCUGCUUGAAAUACAAGGAACUAGCAUUUUUAUGUCCCCUCUGCAAAAACUUACAAAGCGUUGUGGUUGCAGUAGGCCAUCUCUUCUCUCUUUCCUUGCUUCCUUUUCCUUCCAAAGAAGAGAAAACAAAUUUCUUUAAGUGGGUUCACAUGAACUCCAUACAUAAGCUGUCCUUGACCAAACAGGCCUAAAAAACGCACAGCUGCUGUUUGCCCCAGACAGGUCCUAAGAAAAGAUAUAUAUUAUCGUGUGCUAACUGGGGACUGAGGUCUUCCUUUUCUGUUUCUACAUUAUCUUGGAAAUUCAUACAAGUCUACUUCCCGUGAAAAGAAAUGAUUUGAAAAGGUUUAUUAUA